AUGAUUGAAAAAGAAAGAUGCAAUACAACACUUGGUCUUGGGAUUGGGACAGGAGUGGUGAUCCAAAAGGAGAAGCAAUCAAAGAAUUAUAAGAAGAGGGGGUUUUGGUUAGAUCUUUCAUUGCCACUUCAUCCAAACAUUGAAGCCAAUGAUCAUGAUCAUAAGCAUGAUGAUGAGAAAGAUAAGCAUGAAGAUUCUUUUCGUUCGAAAACUAUUGAUGAUGAUGAUGAUGAUGAAGAACAAAGAACGAAUAAAAGUAUCACCAGCAACACAUGCAACAAUAAUGACGGAUCAAGAAAGAAGCUAAAACUCACAAAUGAGCAAACUACUUUGCUUGAAGCUAGCUUCAACAUCCGUAGCACCCUCAGUACGGGCCAAAAACAAGAACUAGCAAAGAAGUUGAAGCUUCUUCCUCGACAAAUCGAAGUUUGGUUCCAAAACAGACGAGCAAGGACAAAGCUCAAGCAAAUCGAACAAGAACACGAGCUGUUAAAAAAAUGUUGUGAAACCCUAAACGACGAAAACCAUAAACUAAAGAAAGAGUUGCAAAACGUUCGAUGCCGUUCAUUAAAAUUUGAUCACCAUCAUCAGCCGAUGACACAACCAUCUCUGCCAUUCUACAUCCAAUACCCUGUCACGAAGGCGAUGGUGGUUGGAGAAGAUAAGAAAACGGUAGAAAUUAUGAACGAUAACAUGUAAUAGUAAUAAAAAGAAUGCAAUCGCAUGCUACUAAAUUGAUUGUUUUUUUAAUAAAUAGGGUUGCUAUAGGGUGUUAGGGGAUCCCUAAUUAAAUUAUUAUAAACAUGAUUAU